AACCCGCUGGCCACCAUGUCGGUGGAGCUCGAGGAGGCGCUGCCGCUCACGCCCGCCGCCGCCGGCCCGGCGCGGAAGGCGGCCCCGGCGCCCGCCCAGACCCAGGCCCAGGCCCCGCCGGAUCCGGAGCCGCGCCCGCAGGGCAAGAAGAAGAAGAAGAAGAAGAACCAGCCGGGCAAGUACAGCCAGCUGGUGGUGGAGACGAUCCGGCGGCUGGGCGAGCGGCAGGGCUCGUCGCUGGCGCGCAUCUACGCCGAGGCCAGGAAGGUGGCGUGGUUCGACCAGCAGAACGGCCGCACCUACCUCAAGUACUCCAUCAAGGCGCUGGUGCAGAACGACACGCUGCUGCAGGUGAAGGGCACCGGCGCCAACGGCUCCUUCAGGCUCAACCGCAAGAAGCUGGAGGGGCCGGGGCCGGCGUCGGGGGCCGCGGCGGCCGCCGGCCCCGACCCCAAGGCCAAGCCCAAGCCGGCCGGCGCCCCCAAGGCCGCCGCCCCCUCCAAGCCCCGGCCCAAGAAGGACCCCGGCGCGGGCGGCAAGGCCAAGAAGGAGAAGAAGGCGGCCAAGCCCAGCGUGCCCAAAGUGCCCAAGGGCCGCAAGUGAGCGGGCCCGGGCCGGCCAGGCCCUCCCGCC